AUGGUCAGGCCCCAGGCCUGUGGCGAAGCCGUGAAUAAUAUAUUCAUCUUCGCAGCAUUCUUUUUGGUUCUACCAUGGUUAGUCGAUGCUCAGCAGCAGCAGCGAUCAGUUCUCAGGCAACAUGAAUCCUCGCCCGAGAUCGGCAGUUCAGAGGCAAUAAGGACUCCUCUCGAAGCAACUAAAAUAAAAACCAUUGAGACCCCUUUGGUCAUUCCACGAAGAAAACAAACUUUUAGCGUAAAGGCCGGAUCUCACGAUAUAGUCGAUGCGAGCGCCGAUUCAGCACCAUUAGCUCCUUCACAUCUUGCACAAUCCAGUAGGCUUGAGUCUAACAGUCUUCAGUCUCCUGGAUGGGGUUCUUCGCAGCCGAGUGCGCGGGAUCUCCAAGACUGGGAAGUAGAAGAUUUUGUGCUACUGGCGACCGUUGAUGGAAGUGUGUGGGCGCGCGAUAGAAAAACGGGUAAACAAAAAUGGCGAAUGCAAUUACCUGAAGUCUCAAUGAUUUCCACCAAACAUCACAAGAGAAACAAAUCUGCCGAUUUCAAUGAAGCUCCGACCCCAUGGGGUAUUGACGAUUAUGUCUGGAUUGUUGAACCCACCGAACAUGGUGGUUUAUGGAUAUAUCGCCCGGAUGUUCCGAACGGUGGCCUGAUUAACACAGGUCUAACAAUGAAGAAAUUAGUUGACGAAAUGUCACCUUACCAGAGUGACGACCCCGAAGUCGUAUACACUGGUUCGAAGAAAACUCAAAUGGUGCAUGUUGAUGCCACCAAUGGAAAAAUAUUACAGGUCUUUGGAGGAGAUUACAUUGUCGAUACACAGGAUCAAAGCUGUAGUUCCGAAAAUGGAUUUGUGGGAAGAGAAGCUGACGAAUGUCAAAAUCCCACGAUUUGGUUGGGGUUAUCAAAAUACGAAGUCAACAUCGUUGGCAAGGACCAACACCCAAUUGCUACUUUAAUGUACAAUGAAUGGGGACCUAAUGUUCAAGACGCGAAGAAAUAUGGAGACAAAUAUCACCAAACACUCGACAACAAAUAUAUCCUAGCUGGCCAGGAUGGCCACGUGAUGGGAUUCGAUCGUGAGCGGAACGAUGAUCAUGAACUACUGUUCCAACAGAAGCUUCCUUCACCUGUCGUUAGGGUAUUUGACAUCUUUAGACCCUGGGGAAUUGAGGAAAAGAACCUGAAAUUGAUGAUACUUCCACAACCUAAGCCCGAGUUGUCGGCUGAAAACGAAAUGUCAGAAACGGAUCAGCAUCGAAAUCGAGUUGUUAUCAACCUUUCUAAGGAUGGAAGUUUCUAUGCUAUGUCUGGAAAAUCAUAUCCUUUGGCUGUAACAGGUUCCAAAGCCGAAAUUUACCAACGUGAAUCGUUGAAACGCGAGUCUUGGGAAAAGAUGGGUCAGCCUGAGCUGGCGGCGGCGCUGACUGGUGUUCAUUUUCUCGACGAACCAACCGAACCUCGCCUGACCAUAUCUGCUCCCCUAUUCGAAGAUGACAACCAAAGCAAAGUGACUGUCACAGACCUCACUCCAGAACUUCUUGGUGAACCAACUCUGUUACAAAGCUUCCAGCAAAUUCCAAGGCUAGCGAUUGACAGUGUUGUCGAAUUCGUUAAGAAUCCUGUUCUCAUUCUAUUUUUGAUGAUACUAGUUAUCUCGAACCAAAGAGCAAUACGAGCUUGGAUCGGCCGCCAUGGACUUCACAAAAAGAAAACUGUCGUUUCGCACAAAGAUAGAACUGUAACUAAGGAUGUGCCACCAGUCGAUGAUUCAAGUGACGAUGCCACAAACAUCAACGGUCACGAGGCUGCUCGUUUAUCAGUUAUUCCGGAAGACAAACCUCUUCGUGAACCUACCCCUAUUGUUAAAGAUUUCACACCGCUCCCGGACGUUCCUGAAGACACUGUUGCGGCUGUGCCACUUGAAGGUACUACUGUGAACGACGCUAGCUCAUUAUCAGAGGUUGUGCAAGAUGUUGGCGAUCUUGCCCUGUCACCCGAAAAGAAAAAAAGGAAACGAGGACGACGUGGUGGCGUUAACCACCGAGGGAAGAAAGAUCGUCCAGGUCAAACUGGAAGUGACCAAGAGUCUCAAAAUGCUCCCGUCAAAAAGCUACCCCCAACUGUUGAAGAUGCCGUGCACAAUGUCAAAAAUAUGUUUCCUCAGAACACGCUCGAACCUGACAUUCAGACGGUGUCUAAUGACCCUGCGGAAGUUUCUGGUUCCAAAAUUCGUAUCGGGGCAUUGGAAGUGGACCAAAACAAAUUAGUCGGUACGGGUAGCAAUGGUACCAUGGUCUUUGAAGGGAAGUUCGAUGGCCGCGCUGUCGCUGUCAAGAGGAUGCUCAUUCAAUUUUAUGACAUCGCAUCCCAAGAAACCAAGCUUUUAAGAGAAAGUGACGAUCAUCCAAAUGUCAUCCGCUACUUCGCACAACAAAGCGCUGCUGGAUUCCUAUACAUCGCCUUGGAGUUAUGCCCUGCCUCUUUAAGUGAUGUCAUUGAAAAGCCACACUUACAUAGAGAUCUGGCUCAAGGUGGUGAAAAGGACCUUCCAAACGUACUCUAUCAAAUUACCAAUGGUAUCCAGCACCUCCACAAUCUCCGUAUCGUCCAUCGUGACCUAAAGCCACAGAACAUCCUAGUUGCUAUGUCUAAGAAUGGUAAACCUCGACUUCUCGUUUCAGACUUCGGGCUAUGCAAAAAACUGGAAGUGGAACAGUCAUCUUUCAGGGCUACUACUGCCCAUGCGGCCGGUACAUCUGGCUGGCGGGCCCCGGAACUUCUUCUUGACGAUGAUGACAAGCCAGGAUCCAUGGUUGAUACGAGUACAGAUGGAGGUGGAUCAGGCUCGAUUCUUGUUGGCUCGGAUAUGAUGCACAAUCGCAGAGCAACACGUGCUAUUGACAUAUUCUCACUUGGAUUGGUAUUCUUCUACGUUUUAACCAAAGGUAGCCAUCCUUUUGAUUGUGGCGAUCGAUACAUGCGGGAGGUGAAUAUUCGCAAAGACAACUUCAAUUUGGAUCUCCUGGACGUCCUUGGAGAUUAUGCCUUCGAAGCUAAGGAUCUAAUCAGUUCUAUGCUUCGCAAGGAGCCAAAAUCUCGUCCAGUCGCAGCACAAGUUAUGGCGCAUCCUUUUUUCUGGUCUGCAAAGAAGCGAUUGAACUUUCUUUGUGAUGUCUCUGACCACUUUGAGAAGGAAAAACGGGACCCUCCCAGCCCUGCCCUCUUAGAACUUGAGAGAUGGGCCGGUGAUGUCUGUCACGGCGAUUUCUUAAAAUCACUUGGAAAGGAGUUCGUGGAUUCGAUGGGCAAACAGAGGAAGUAUACCGGCACGCGACUUUUGGAUCUUCUUCGAGCCCUAAGAAAUAAAAAGAAUCACUACGAAGACAUGCCUGAUAAGCUGAAGAAAGAUGUCGGCCCCUUACCUGAUGGUUACCUCAGUUUCUGGACUAGGAAAUUUCCUAACUUAUUAAUUGUUUGUUGGAAUGUUGUGUAUGAAGUGGAGUGGGAUCAGGUGGAUCGUUUCAAGGAAUACUAUGAGCCAGCAGGUCUUUAA